UCGCUGUUAGCCCUGACGGCUGUGUUCUGCCUCCACUGUUGGAGGCGGCCUGCCCUAAAGGCCAGGUCCUGGGAGAGGGCGCUUUGCGCUCAGGGCCUGCUGGCCGGCUUCCCAUUGGGAAGUUCCUGGAGAUCAGGAGGCUAGAGCAGAAGGGCCGCUGGCCUGAUCCGGCAGGCCGGCUCUUCCGAUGUUCCUCAGGUGCCCCUGAGGCCCAAGAGGACUUCUCCUUUGGACCUCCCUUGCUCUUGACGGUCUGCUAGACGGGUUGAUCUAUCUGUUUCACUAUGUAGCCAUAUACGAAGACGCACACAGAGUUAUAUGGAGUUUUUCCACAGGAAUGAAGGUCGGCGCCACUGAUGGUGCAACAGAUCUUUCUGCCACACACACACGCACCUCGCCCCCCCCCCAAGUGGGUGUGGGGAGGCCAGUCACCAGGCGGGAGACAACUGGGGAAAGAGAGAGGAAGAGGAGGAGGAGGAGGAGGGGAGAGGGAAAGGGGGAGGACAGCGCCACAUCCAGCGCCACCUCCUGCCCCCCCGCCUCCUCCCAGCCCCAGCCGGGCUCUGCGUGCGCCGAAGGUGCCUUUUGCUCCCGUCUCUGCGGGCAGGAGAGGUGGGUCGGGAGGCGGGGAAGGAGCCCGGAGCCGCGCGGGGCUUCCGACGGGGAACAGCCCUUCCGCCUGCCCGGCGGCGACACUCCCCGCCUCACUGGCCGGCGUUGACACGGCCGCGACUCCGCCGCAGAAUCGAAUCCGGAGCGGGUCGCCCAGGCCGAGCGGGCGGAUCCCUUGAGGCGGCAGAAGCAGGUGUGCGCUGAAUCCAAGACGAGGGCAGAACGCAAGACCGAAGCCUCUCCGGGCUCUUAUGGAUGAAGCCAGAAGAGACACAUAAAACAGGGACGUGCCUCUCCUGGUGAGGAGCUGUCCAGGCAACUGUGCCCCACUGGACUCAACUGAGAACUGCAUGGUCCUUCCUGCCAUUCUCAUAGAGGAAGGUGCCCUUUCGAUCUCAGGCCUGGAGAUCACUUGCUUCCUGGGCUCUUUUGCUGCUCAGGGCCCAGCCUGCACUUUCAGAGAUGUACCAGAGCUUAGCUAUGGCAGCCAGUCAUGGCCCACCAGCGUACGAAGGGGCCAGCAGCUUUAUGCACGGCACGGCUGCCACAUCCCCUGUCUACAUCCCCACCACCAGGGUCAGCACCGUGAUCCCUAGCCUGCCCUACCUCCAGGGCAGCGGCUCCUCCCAGCAGGGCAGCCCAGUCUCCAGCCACUCCAUUUGGACUCAGCCCACAGCGGAGAGUGUGGCUUACAACCCGGGAUCAUCUCAUCCCUCAGUGUCACCGAGGUUCUCCUUCGCCACCAGCUCCCCCAUCCCGGCCACAUCCUCCAGAGAAGCGGCCACUUACAGCAGCUCCCUCAGCAUCACGGCCAACAGCAGGGAACAAUAUGCCCGGAGCUUCAGUGGGUCCUAUUCCAGCCCUUAUCCAGCGACCUAUAUGAGCCCAGAGCUGGGCACAACAUGGACUUCCUCACCCUUCGACAGCCCCAUGCUCCACAACUUCCAGAAUCGGGGAACCCCAGGAGGUGCGAGACACGCCAACCUAGAAUUUUUCGACGAUUACUCCGAAGGCCGGGAAUGCGUCAACUGUGGGGCCAUGUCCACUCCACUGUGGCGGAGAGAUGGCACCGGCCACUACCUGUGCAAUGCCUGUGGACUCUACCACAAGAUGAACGGCAUCAACCGUCCACUGAUCAAGCCCCAGAAGAGGCUGUCGGCUUCCCGUCGGAUUGGGCUCUCGUGCGCGAACUGCCAUACCUCUACAACUACGCUGUGGCGCCGGAAUGCCGAAGGAGAGCCCGUCUGUAAUGCCUGCGGUUUAUAUAUGAAGCUGCACGGGGUCCCGAGGCCCUUAGCGAUGCGAAAGGAAGGGAUCCAGACCCGGAAGCGUAAACCAAAGAACUUAAACAAAUCCAAGACAUCUGCGGGAUCAGCCAAUAACGAAAGCCUUACCUCAGCCAUUAGCUCGGCCACCUGCACCAGCACCACGACGACCACUGCCACUGUGGAAAUGCGCCCCAUCAAGACAGAACCGGGGAUCUCAUCUCAUUAUGGGCACCCGGCCCCUGUUCCUCAGGCAUUCUCAGUCGCUGCAAUGUCCGGACAUGGAUCUGCCCUUCACUCCGCCAUGUCGGCCCUCAAACUUUCCCCACAGAGUUACCAGGCAGCUAUCAGUCACUCUCCCCAGCCUAGCUCCAAGCAAGACUCCUGGAACAGCUUGAUUCUAGGCGAAAGCCACGGAGACAUCAUCACGGCAUAACUGUCCUCUGCCCUCCCUGGCGGCUUCGGGCUCCGGAUCUCCGAAGGCAACUUUCCGACUAUCGACCAAAGCCAGUUUUUUUUCUCUUCUUUAUUUUGUUUUACUUAUUUCUCCACCCACUUUCUUGAAGGGUGCAGAUCCUGAUCCUUGUAGAGCCAUUCCAAAUUGUGCUGUCGAGAGUUUUGUUUGUUUGAUUGUUUUCCUGAAGUCAAAAAGCAUCAUCUUUGAAUGACUUUGAAUGACUUUGAAUCUCCGUGAAGAUCCCACCAAGCUUUGAACAAGUAAAACCGAUUUAGCCAGUUCAAGGCCUCAAAUGACAACCACCUUAAGUAAAACGGACAGAAAGCCCAUUUAUAAUAAUAAUAAUAAUAAUAAUAAAUAUUUGGUCCUGACGUCUUUGACAGUGACUUUUGUCAUCUAUUCAGUUCCCAGUGCUGGUCCAGCAGGAUGGGAGGACUUUCCCUUGCACUGAUCUUUCUUUGAAUAGUUUUGUUGUUGUUAUGUGCUUUCAAAUCGAUUACGACUUAUGGUGAUCCUAUGAAUCAGCGACCUCCAAGUACAGACUUUGGCUUUUGGGCGGAUGGACUUUCCAUACAGCUGAUCCCCAUGUGCCUUCCGUUGCUGGUCAACCAUGAUGCUAACACCUCCAGUGGAGCCUUCAUCUUGCUCAAUGUCCGUCUUCUCUCCCUGAAUGUGACGGUGGCUUUUCACACAUCCGGCUGUCGGCCACUUAAGUAAUCAAGUGUUGAGAACACAAAGCGAUGGACACAGAUGUGUGAAGAAGCCCGUCAGAUGGGGCAAAGUGGGACGAAGAAAACUAAAACAGGAGAAGAAGAGAUAACACAAGGACCAAACAAUAUCUAGAAAUUUUUGAGUGAAAGGGAUCGGUGACUGCCAGCCUCUGUACAAAAAUCUGGCUUGCUGAGUGGUAAUAUCUGUCUAGGCUAGUUGGGAUUUUGGCCCUUCAUUCCCCCAUUUGAUUGUUAAAGUGGCCCUUUCCUCACCUCCCUAAGCUUGUUGCUGACCAUGAAUCUUGACUCAUUGUUCCUCAUGGCCACAAAGCUGAAAGAAUUUUCCUGAACAUUAGCGCCUGGCUUGCUUCAUUUCAAAUGAAGGUCGGCAUUCCAACAAGACGGUUUGGAUAGCAAAUCCGACAAACGAACACAAAGCGGAAGACUUCGGGAGAGGGGGCUGGAAAAAGACAAGAGCUGUUUUCAAAGGUGUGGACCAGAAUCGUCAGUUUCAAAUAUUGCUGUGAUCACGGCUGGUGGAUCCCACUGUCGCACAGGACGCUUGCGAAUCCAGCGAUUGUACGACUGCCCAAAGCAUGCCACUGUGACUUUCAUCGCUUUUGCUCGCCUUGAUUAUUUCCUUUUCCUUCCCCCGCCAGCCUUGGUUAUUAUCAAUUAAUCUCAAUUUUCUUCCUUUCAGAGCCGCCCCAACACAGUUCCUGCCCGGCAUUGAGUCAAAAGAGGGACUUUCUACUGUCCUUAGGAACACAGGCAGCUGCCUGAGUCAGACCAUUGUUUCAUCUAGCCCAGUCUUGUCUACACUGACUGGCAGUGGCUCUCCAAGAUCUUCAGACAGGGGUCUCUCUCAGCCCUACCUGAAGAUGCUGGGAACUGAGCCUGAGACCUUUUGCAUGCAAGGCAGAUGCUUUGCCACUGAGCUAUGGCCCUUCCCAAAUUAAAUCUUUGGACAUUCUCGCAUGAAAUCUCUUGAUUUCUUUUUUUUUUUGUUAUGCAGAGCUGAAAUUUGGGGACAGCAAGAGUUGGUGUGUACCAGAAUCGUCAGGCAUCAGAUUCAGGGCACAGCAGAUUUCCUGGGCUAGCAAAAAACUUCACUGGAGUCAAAGCUCAUCCUUCCCACCAGAACAAAGCCAGAGCUAAAUCAGAGUUAAACGAGACUUCUGAUAUGUAUGACCCACUAAGCUGAACACAGCCUACUUGCAGGAUUGCCAGUGUUUUAACCAGGCCCUGCUCCUGUGCUUUUAGUAUCCUCUACAUCUGCAGGCUGAUCAUACUGUUCUCCGCCCACGUGAAGAAAAGCUUUGCCUGCUAGUUUCUGCGUAGACCAAGCUGCCGUUGAAAAGCACGAGAGCAAGGCAGGCCAUUGUUCUGGUCAGGUGGCAGCACUCAUCCCAUCUGCCAUGUUUGGUGGCUUGCCAGGGGUUUUGCAACCCCUGGGGAGGGAUGGCAGCUCAGUGGAAGAAUUCAUAGUUAGUCCAGAAGGUCAAAGGUUCAAUCCCAGCAGGCACGUAGCCAGGCGGGUCUAGGGGGGCUGGCCAUGGGCGUGAAUCCCAGGCACCCUCCACUAAAAGGUGGCAGGUAGGACUGAAGCUUAGCGUCAGACAGGGCUGGAUUAUCCAUUAGGCUUAGUAGGCUGAAGCCUAGGGGCCCGGAGCUCUUGGGGGCCCAUGGGGCACUGGCCCGAGGGCCCCUGGAGCUACAGGGGGCCAUCCACUCUCCUUCCGCGAUCCGGGGAAGCAUCCGCAGAUCGCCAUCGCAGAGCUUGGAAAAGUUACUUUUUUUGAACUACAACUCCCAUCAGCCCCAGGCAGCACCAUGCUGGCUGGGGCUGAUGGGAAUUGUAGUUCAAAAAGUAACUUUUCCAAGCUCUGUGCUAUCCCCCCACUUUACCUAUCUUUCCGUUGUUUCUUGCAGCUUGCAAAUUUGCCAUCAAUAAAGAUGGCAGCCGAGGUUUCCUUAAGGAGCUGAAGCCUCUGCUGCCAUCUUGGCUGAUGGCAUGCAUGUGUGCUACACGUGCACAUUGCUGCCAUCAACAAAGAUGGCAGCAGAGGCUUCAGCUCCUUGGGGAAACCUCGGCCGCCAUCUUGAUUGAUGGCAAACCUGCGCGCCCUGCAAAAAACAACGGAAAGGUAGGUGAAGUGUGGGGAUAGGGGCCCCCAAACACCAAUCAGCCUAGGGGCCCUACUCAGCUUAAUCCGGCCCUGGCGUCAGAGUAUCCACUUUCAAUACAGAAGGUCCAGUCUUUGGCAUUUCCCGAUAGGGCUGGGAAGAUUGCCUGCCUGAAACCCUGCAGAGUUGCUACCAGUCAGCGUCAACAAUACUAAGCUAGAUGGCACAAUGAUCUGACUCGGCAUAAGGCAGUGUCCCUACAUCCCUAAAAGGAACAGUAUCAGAACUUGCUCUGCCCGAGAGCUCCUGCAAGUCAGAGUAGGUUAAAUUGGGCUUGAUGGACAAACGUAUGGAUGUUUCCUGAGAGCUUCGAUAGGUGGGCUAAUCUCGGUAGGUCACAAAUGGUGCGGUCCUGGAUCCAACAGCAGCUUCGCAGGCAGAGAAGUGAUUGGCUUUGUUUUUAUAUGAUGGUUGCCAUCGUUUAACAAUGUUAAUCCUAAUGUUGAUCAUGUGUUGCUGUUUAAGGCUCCUGCAAACACAGAGGAGCUAUACAGCCCUUGAGCGGGUUUAAACAAAAACAAACACAGCCUUGCAUAUCUCAGCACAGACAGAAAUGGCGUUAUAAAGCUCAGUCCUCAGAGCUUCCCUCCCUCCUCUGUGCAUUUAACACUUGACCUCAUCCUUGGCUCUCUUUUGCAAGUCUUGCAGUUAAGGCUCUAACCAACUGACUGAGGAGAUUCAUCGGCUAAAUCUUUAGCAGCAGAUUAAAAUGGUUCAGUCCUCGUUGGCGUGUUCUGCAUGCCAAAGGCCUCAGGCUUGACCCUCGGCAUCACUGGCUGAGUGAGUCAGAGUGACAAUGGAGAAGGUGGGUCUGCGAGCCUACAUCAGCCUUACCCAACUCUGUGCCCUCCAGAUGUUUUACACCCCUGCAACUCCCAUCAGCUGGGCUGGCUGGGGCUGAUGGGAGUUGUAGUCCCAAACAUCAGAGGCACCAGGUUGGCAAAGUCUACCCUUGAGAGCUGCUGCCCGUCAGACAACAGGGGUCCAAAUGAGCAAAUCACCUGUCUGUCAGAGGCAGCACAUCUCUGCAUACCCAAAUCACCUUUCCACUUAGAAUCUUUUGCUGUGCCUGGGAGAAAACAUUUGCCAGGCUCAAAUUGUUAUAACAGUUUGGAUAUUUAGCCCAGGCUUGUGUGUCUCGCCUAGCCAAAUGCAGACCGGCGAUCCUCCACCGGCCCAAAACAAUGGGCCACCAGUCAAGCUGAAUGCAGAGGUCAGCUUUAGCAAGCCACAAGCUGAAACUACUUGGCCCUUGGGAUUAACUGACAGUGUGGCAAGGGAGCCCUCCUGCCCAGCCCUCCCAUUGGGACAUUUUAAAAUUGGGAAGCCCAGGCAACUGAGGAGGCGCAAAGCAAAGGAGAAAGAUCUGAAGGGAAGAAACAUAGAGACCACCCAGGGACCCAGUAGUGUAGUGGCAAAUUUGGAAGUACAGGGUCCGUUCAUGAUAGUCACAGCUACAUCCCCUCCCCCCUUUUCCCUGCUGGGUUAAUACCUUCUCUCAACAACAGAUGUUCCUAGGAGUGAAUAAGCAUGAAACGGGAGUGUUAGCUACUGAGAGGAGUCUUCUCAGUAGGUGACUUGCCUUCUUUCACUCUGAUUGGCAGGAAAAGACAAGGAAGCAUGUUAGAAGACUCUUCUCAGUGGCUAGCACACUCUGCUUUCGUGCUGAUUGGCUUGUAGGAUGCUGGAGACAGGGAUGCUGCUGGGACCCUGCUCCCAAAAAAGUAAAGGGACUAAGCCCCCUGAGACCAUGGAUGACACCUCUGCAUGGGCCCUUGCAAUUAUAAGAUCAACCCGCACCCAACAAACUUCCAAAGAAAUGCAAAAACAGCUUGCGAAAGAGGCAGGAAAGUGCAAGCUUUUACAAAGGAAAACAACUUUUGGGAAAUUGGAGGACAGGUUUAGGCACAACAUUAGCUUAAACUUGGACACAUGGUGGCAAGUCAAAUGAGGAGGCUGCCAGUGCAGUUCCCUAGAGCUGCAGCUGUGCCUAUAGCCUAAAACUUAAAAAAAAUGUAGCAGAAAGGGAAAGCGAGUUUCCCCAUUAUUUUGAUCACUCUGUGUCAAGCAACGCUUCCCCUGCUAAAUUUCCAAGGUUUUUGUUUUUGUUAAAAAAGAAAUGACAACCAAAUUUGUAUGUGUUUCAGGUUAUACUCUUUGGGCUACCUCUUACUGAGGACAUCAACCUGUAUCUGGGGCUAUACCACUUCAGGCUGUAGGAGGGAGUUCAUAUUGGGCAACACCACACCACACCGUAAAUAAAUAAAAAACACCCUCAGAAAACUAGCUUUUCAAGGAGAGGGCUAGAAGGGACAACUGUUCCCUGAUUUGCUAGUUUUCUGUUUGCAGGAUUGGAGCAUUCAAUGAAGUGAGUCCCGCCUGCAGUCUGAAGUAGUAUAGUCCAGAUACAGGCUGACCACCUGAGGAAGUAUUAGGGCUUAGUUCACCCUAGUUGGCAGCCCUAGAGCGAUAGCUGGAGUCAGUGGCCGCUGAAGUCAGACACGUGUCAAGGCCCAUCUCGGGUUUAGCAGCCCACCGAUAUGGCCUCCAUCUUUGAGCCAAAAAAUGGCUGGUAAUCUUAAGUGGCAUUAAUACAUUUUUUAAAAAAAUCAAUCCAUGCAUUUUUAGCGUGAUACAUUUGUGUGCAAAGGUGCCGUUCAAAAAGAUGCUUGCUUGUAUGGUGGAAGGUGUGGCAGGGACCUGAACAAGUUUAAGAUUAUUUAAAGUUAUAAUAUAUAUAUGUGUGUGUAUGUAUGUGUAUAUAUAUAUAUAUAUCUUAUGAUGCAAUAUGACUACCAAUCUACAUACUGACUUCACCCAUUAGAAUGAACGGAAAUAAAACAUAGG